AGUAGCUCCGCGAUGCUUUCUCUUCACGCACGAUCGUGCCUGACUUUGAGGGCAUGAUCGUGCCUACGUAGCUUCCGAAUUUGGAAAUGUUUUCUUCAGGAAAGUUGUAUAUAAUGAAGUCAUAUAUCCACCCCAAUUUGCCGAAUGUGAUUUGAAUCAUCAAAUCAAUAGAUAUGAUAAAAACGGUGGAAGGUAUCAUUCUGAAAUCGCAGCAGAGAUCAUCUGCCUUCAUUGUCUGUUUUCACCUUCUUUCUCUCCGAUUCUAGCAAAGUUGUCUUUAUAUGAUUUGUAGCCCUUGAAGUUAGCUUUCAUAUGGACUUUUAAUAGUCUACAUUGAAUGUUUCUAAAAAGAGAUAUGAUUGAACGAUUGAAAGAAGGUCAUCCUGAUCGCCGAUUUCAAGCUCCAUUCAUCUUCUUUUGAUCCCGUAGCCAAUCCUAGAGCUCUUUUUCCUUCAAAUCUUCAUCGUGAACCUCCCGGUGACCUCCAAAGCUCUCAAAUCACUCUCGAAUGCUUCACAACUCAUCCUGAUUUCUUCUCAAACGCCGGUGCAGAACUCUAAAAUCCUCAUUUUGACUCCAAAUGACACAAAACUCGAACCAACGCCCGGUAAACAUAACUUGAGCUAAAAUUGAGACUUGUGACACACUAAAGCUAGGGAAAACCAUCAAACCUGAUCCUAACACGCAUCUAAUGCAUGUCUAAUUACGGACUUAUCAGGCACAUGAAAAAUGUCAAAGGGCGUUUUGACAAUCGCUCGAGGACAUAUUUGUGGCACAUUGUUUAAAAUCCAUUUGAGGAUUUGUACGGAUAGCCUCAACAUUGCUGAGGAGGCUUCUCAGGAUCUGUGGCACCUGAGACUCGGUCACAUCGAUGAGAAAGGGUUGACUACCUUGAUGAAGAAGAACCUUAUCAAAAUUGACAAGAAUGUUGCACUGGGUCCUUGCAAUCAUUGUCUAUUUGGUAAGCAACAUAGAAUAUCAUUUAGUUCUACUUCAACUAAAAGAUCAGAGUUGUUAAGUUUGGUAGACUCUGAUGUCUAUGGUCCUUUGGAGGUGGAAUCACUCGGUGGAAGCAGAUAUUUUCUGACUAUUAUCAAGGAUGCUUCUCGGAAAGUGUAGGUGUAUUUCCUGAUAACAAAAGAUCAUGUGUUCGAGUGCUUCAAGACAUUUCACAUCUUGGUGGAACGUGAAACAGAAAAGAAACUGAAGUGUCCACGAUCUGAUAAUGGAGGCGAGUAUACUUCCAAGGCAUUUGAUGCAUAUUGUAGAACAUAUGGCAUUCGACAUGAGAAGUCAGUACCACGCACCCCUCAGCACAACGACGUUGCUGAAAGAAUGAACCGGACUAUCAUGGAGCGAGCCCGGAGCAUGCUGAAUAUGGCUAAACUUCCAAAGUCAUUUUGGGGAGAAGCAGUCAACACUGCAUGCUAUCUUAUCAACUGAUCACCUUCAGUACCACUCAACUUUGAAGUUCCAAAGAGGCUAUGGACAGGUAAGGAUCCUACAUACUCACAUCUUAGAGUAUUUGGUUGUUCAUCGUAUGCACAUGUAUCCAAAGAUCUCAGACACAAGCUUGAUGCAAGAAUCAUUCCAUGCAUUUUCGUUGGCUAUGGAAAUGAAGAGUUUGGAUAGAAGCAGGGACGUUGUGUUCCAUGAAGAUUUGACGAUAGAAGACAUUGAAAAAUUCACGAUGUCUCGGAAGUCAAAUGAGGCUGCUCAAGUUUUAAAUGAAGCACCUGAACAACUCUUGAGAAACAAUGACGAAGUGCAUGAAAACAGCUCAGAAGAAGAAGAUGAUGAGGAGACGGAAGAGAGUGCAGAGCAAGGGGAGUCACAACCCACUUUGCCAGGUAGAGAUGAUGGUAGCUCUUCUCAGAUGGUUCCAACUGUUCGUAGAUCUGAACGAGGACAUAUACCAUCAAAAGGUACACAUGAUCUGAAUAUCAUUUGUUAACUGAAGAUGGAGAACCAGAGAGUUUUCAAGAAGUUGUGUCUCAUAAGGAUAAAGAAAAAUGGCUAAUAGCAAUGCAGGAUGAGUUAGAAUCUCUGCAGAAAAAUAAAACUUAUGAUAUCAUAGAACUUCCUAAAGGGAAGAAGGCACUGAGAAACAAAUGGG